UGAAUCGCGCUCGUGCGCUCGCUAACAGGUGUUUCUCUCACAUGGCUCUGUUCUGUGUGCUGCUGUGACUGACUGCUUUGUGGGAUGCUGCGAAACGUGUGCUCGGUGUCUGGAGGAACAUCUUCUCCGUUUUUAGUCGAAAUGGCUAGAUAGUGACAUUAUCUGGAGACAGAUGCGGUAAGACUGCAGCCAAUUGAAUGUAGAACCGUUUGAGGACUUUAUCUCCGAAGAAAAUGAGCGUUGGAGAGAUGCGCGUACCGUCACCUACAUAAUUGCGUUUUGUGUUAAAGCUGUAUUAGUUUACAACUCCUUUCCGCCGAUCUGUCAUUCUCAUUAACGAACGAUGGCGGUGACUUGUGAAUGAAGACUUGAAUGUGAGCUGUUCAGUGAAGAAAUAAAGAAAUCGUGUCGUUGAGGAGGUGGGGAAACGGAUUGUGUCCUCUGAAAGUUUUGGGUGUCGCACCGUCAAACUGGCCAUGGCUGCGGCGAUCGCCAGCUCCCUUAUUCGGCAGAAGAGGCAGGCGAGGGAGCGUGAGAAAUCAAACGCCUGCCGCUGCGUGAGCAGUCCGAACAAAACCAAAGGAACAUGCGAGAAACCCAGUCGACUCAGUGUCUUCUCCAGAGUCAAGCUUUUCGGCUCCAAAAAGCGCAGGAGGAGACGACCAGCCAUGUUCAACCUCAUCCCGGUUGGCUUGCGAGUGGUGGCCAUCCAAGGAGUUCAGACCAAACUCUAUCUGGCCAUGAACAGCGAGGGCUACCUGUAUACAUCAGAACACUUCACACCAGAGUGCAAGUUUAAGGAGUCAGUGUUUGAGAACUACUACGUGACGUACUCCUCCAUGAUCUAUAGACAGCAGCAGUCGGGCAGGGGCUGGUACCUAGGCCUGAACAAGGAAGGAGAGAUCAUGAAGGGCAACCAUGUGAAAAAGAAUAAGCCCGCUGCACACUUCCUCCCCAAGCCUUUGAAAGUGGCCAUGUACAGGGAACCCUCUCUGCACGACCUGACCGAGUUCUCACGUUCUGGUAGCGGCACACCCACUAAGAGCCGGAGUGCCUCCGCUGUGCUGAACGGGGGCAAAGCUGUGAGUCAGAACGAGUCAACGUAGCCCGGCCCGCUACCUUUCGCCUUCACCAAAACCUCUGAAAGCUUGUGACUUCACACAGACUUCUCUCCAAAAAGCUCUCAGCGGUUCAGGACAACAUGAAACAUAACAUAACCACUUGCAAACUAGAGUAACAUUUGAGUGGACUUCUUUAUAAUUAGCUCGUUUUUUUUUUGUUCUGUUUAGUUUGUUUGUUUUUUCUUGAUCACCACUAUAAUAGCCUUUUCCAUGUGAAACACAGAAAUUGUAGCCUUUCUUACAAUGGGACGUUGGGUUGCAAUUGAACGUAAGCCAUCAAGGUUAAUUUCCUAGCAUCGUAGGUCCUGAUCAA